CUCACUCACGUCACGUUGUCAAAACUGGUGCCCGAAUGAUGAAAUUCAUCACAAAAAAACGCCGCCAGUCUCCACCCCUCGACGUCGACUCCUUCACGUCCUUCUUCGGCCCCUGGACGAAAAAUCGCGCGCCCCCCAUCUACCCCAACGCCCAAACCGGCCGCACCGUCGACCUCUCCGAAUUCUGCCUCUUCUUUGUGGCAGUGAUGCUCCUGGUUAUCAUCCUCGGCUUGACCGCAAUGUCCGUAUGGUCUCUCCUUUUCAAAUCCCACUACAAUUUCCUCGACUGCUCUACCGAACUGGCCUAUUUUGCUUUACCGGUGGCCGCUCUGUGUCUUCCGUCCGCCUGGAUGGCGUUCUCGGUUCAUAAUGAUAAGAAAUCGAGGAGGUUUUUGUCGUGGGUUUUGGUGCUAUUGAUUUUGGCGAUGGUGGUGAUGGCGAUCGGGGUUUACGUCGGGUUUAGCCACAAGUUGAAUUUGAAACCCAGCCAGAUUGAAGGAAAUCCGGUUCUGGUGGAAUUUAGGGGGAGUUUGAGGCGAUCGAUGACGUCGUAUGGUGCAAAGAGUGGAAGGGUUUGGGAUGAUAUGCAGGAGAGACUGAGGUGCUGUGGGGUUGAUAAUUAUACGGAUUGGAUGGCGGUGGAGAAGCGGAUUCCUGAGUCUUGUUGCUACUACAAGGAGGCCUCCUGCCGCGAUAAUUCCACCUUUUCAACAGGUUGUUUGAAAAUAAUAACCGCGGAUUUGGCCUCCCAGACGUGCCUAUUCAGCGGAAUCAACUGCGUUGCGUUGUAUAUGCAAAGUUGCGCUUUCGUGCUCGUGGCCUGCAUUUAUUUCCACGGGAAGCGGCGUGAGGGGGCGGCGGGGUAGGCGUUUCGAAAUUUUUUUACUACGUUUGUAAAA